GAGAGCUAUCCAUCCCUUUAAGAACAACUGGGACAUAGCGGAGAGAGGAAAAGGAGAGGAGGGGGUAGAAGAAAGAGGAAUUAAAAAAGAAAAGGAAGAAAGAGACAGGGGUGGGAGGGAGAGAGAGAGAGUGCGCGCGAUAAAAAAAGAAAGAUGACAUCCUGUGAAUUGAAGCGCCGAGGUGGAGCGGCGGGCUGCGGCCGGGCUCGAGUGUUAUUCGUCCGGGUCACGGCUUGAAUCCUACAGCGAGGCUUCGACAAACACCCGAUUGGCCUGUCGGGGGGAUCGAGGAAAAAAACACUGAUUUAUACAUAGAAACCUUUAAGUUUGACUAUUUAAAAUGCGUCAAGCGCAUAACGUAUAACCGUUGUUUUAACGUCUAAAUGCCUCAACUGCUGUUUUAUAAUGCAUGUUGUAAGAGUGUAGGAAUAACAUUAUUGGUUCGGAUUUUAAGUCAUGCAAAUGAAUAAAUAGCACGUUGUUGUAAUGCCUCGGGUUAAACUUGGAUAGGAGCAAAUUAAACACUAAAUAGUGUGCAUCAUUGCCUGUUAAUCUAGGCUGUUAAUUAAAUAUGUAAUUGGGGGAGUAGUUUAAAAACACAUUUAAACACUAUUUUGCAAACUACAGACGAUUGAAAGGAUGUCAGUUGUGCGCUGUUAAUCUUGAUGAUUGUGUAGUUGAUUAUAAUAUUCUUCGCUGUGGAACAAAAUGGAUGCCGCGUGGAGCAAUUUUCUCUUCCAGACCACACCUUCCCAGACCCAAGUGGAGGGGACCCUCCAAUCAGAGCUUCUGCCAGUCCACACGACCUCGCCUCAAACCCCGCCCAACGAGCACAUAGCUCCGCCUCCAUCGACAGUGGACACUGCUGCUCUCAAUGAGGACCCUGUACCUGUGAAGCCAGUGUCCAGGACGGCCCGUGCGGCUCAUAUCUGCUCAAUUUGCAGCAAGCAGUUCAAGAACAGCUACAACCUGCGGCGUCAUCAAUCCGUCCACACUGGCAUCCGCAUGAAGGGCGGCUCCCAGAGCCAGGAGACUGUGGCCAAAGAGAGUGCAGAAAGACACACAGUCCCCCUCUCUCUCCUUCACCUCUCCAUACCCCAACAGCAAACCCAACCGCUGCCCCCUAAUGCCGUGCUGCCCCUUCCCCACACACAAAUCCUGGUCACUCAAGAUGGAAACAAUGUUACCAUGGAGAGCAUGGCUUCCACUGUGACCGCCCUCCCUCCUCCGGCUGCUGUUGUCAUGACAACAGGGGAGCCUGUACAGAGGCAAGUAAACCAGAACCCCAACCCUGUGCGUAAAAACCACGCGUGUGAGACCUGUGGUAAAGCCUUCAGGGAUGUGUACCACCUGAACAGACACAGGCUCUCCCACUCGGACGAGAAGCCAUUUUCCUGCCCGAUCUGCCAGCAGCGCUUCAAGCGGAAGGACCGCAUGAGCCAUCAUGUCAGAUCCCACCAGGGAGGCGUGGAGAAGCCCUACGUGUGCCCGCACUGUGCUAAAGCUUUCUCACGGCCUGAUCAUCUCAACAGUCAUGUCAGACAGGUCCAUUCUUCAGAACGACCCUUCAAAUGUCCGACCUGUGAAUCGAGCUUUGCCACACGGGACAGACUGCGCGCUCACAUGAUCAGACAUGAAGAGAAGGUUCCGUGUCACAUCUGUGGCAAACUGCUGUCUGCGGCCUACAUCACGGAUCACAUGAGGGUGCACAACCAAUCACAGCAUCACUCCUGCCACCUCUGCAACCGCAGUUUCACCACGCUGACGUACCUGCGGGUUCACGCUCAGAAGCACCACGGUCAGGAGUGGAAGGAGAGCGGAGGAGGCUUCGGCACCACAGGCUCUGGAGGCGUCCUGGUCUGUCAGCUCUGCGGUGUUCACUGCAAGACCCCCACACAGCUGCAAGGCCACAUGGGUACCCACAACUCCCCCGUGAGCGACUCCGGCCCCAUCACCACCACCACCACCACCACCAGUGAUGCGGUGCCGGGGAGCACCGUCACCCUGUGCAACAUGGUCUCGGCACCCACGAUGUUUGUGAGCGGAAACACGGUGGUGGAUCUGCUGGUGACCGACUGCUCCAGCAUCAUCCCGCAACCUCAAAGCUAGCAGAGCAGGCCUGUAGCGCACACACGCUAGUACUCACACAUACAACACACAGCGAAGAAAAGUAGCUACUACACACGUGUGACUCAAAACAGCCAUUUAUACAAUUUAUUACACUAAAGAUCCACAAGAAGCCAAGGAGAAACUGUGAAAAAAGGCAUUCUGAGUGGGAGUCUUUCAUGUUUCAUGACAUGCAUUACAUACAUGACAACUACUGUAGCAUGAUGAUACAUGUGGAAAGAACACCUCUCAAUGAUGCACAUAUUAAGACAGUCGCUUUACACGUAUCCCU